UCUAAUCCUUUAGGAAGUACUUUUAAUUUUUUAUAGUAACUAAGAUGGGAAAAUAAUUUGUCGUCUUAAUUAUUUUAUCUGCAAGAUGAGUGAAACUUCUUCACCGGAAAAGAAAAAGGAGAAUUUCGAAUAUUCAAGAUUAGUCGAUGUGGUUAACUUUAAGCUUAGAACGAAGCUUGACUGCAGUAAAAAAUUACGAUCUAUGGUAUUCGAUAUGGUGGAAAAACUGAACCAUCAGAAAGGCGCUGCAUCACUGAAAGAAUUUCGGAAAGUUCUUCAAGAUUGUUAUGGAGAUGACAUCACAGAAGUGAAUGCAGCCAUCAAGAACUUCCUGAGAAAGAAAAAAUUUUUGAAUGAAAAAGAAAGCAGGCGAAGAAGAAAAUCUAAAGCCAGGAGGCAACGCAGUAAGGCUUUAAAUGUUUCCUCUAGGAAGAGAAAACAGACAGCAAAGGUUUCUAGUCGGAGAAGAAAGAAGAAGGCAAAGGUUUCAAGUCGGAGAAGAAAGAAGACGACAAAGAAUACAAGAAAAAAGAGAAAAAGUAUGGCAAAUCGGAGAAGUAGGCAGAAGAAAAGAACAGCAAAGAGAAGUAAAAUGAGAAAAAAGACUGCAAAACGUAAAAAGAGAAUAAAACAAAGGCGGUAGAACAUCCAUAUAGAAGAAGAAAAACAUCUAAAAAUUUCUGGUAGAAGAAGGAAGACAUCUGGAAGGCAGUAUAUAUAAGGAAAAUGGCAACGAAAACCAUAAAGACCAAAGCGGCUUUGUGUACAGACUGUUAAAAUCUAGCAUGGGAAAAUAAGUACAUGGUUUCAGGAUGCCAAAUGCAAAUCAAAAAUUUUAAUAAAUCUGUAUUUUUACU